ACUUCCAACAAACCUUGCACAUAACCCUGCCGUUCCGCUCAGGUUUCCAUGGUGAAGCCUUUGACCUUUUCCACCACCCUUGACCAUGCGUUCACGGUCGUUGGACAAUGGGUCUACACGCUCUUUCUGUUCACAAAGAGUGAUAUUAAAACGACCCUCAUUCCGGUCUCCUGCUUCGCUUUGGCCGCGGCUCCGAAUUUGAAGCUGUCAUACAUGCCUGAAGCGGUGAUUUGGUUAUGGCUGCAUCUUCUCCAAUUCAAUGUCUCCAAUCAGACAAUGGAUCCGGAAGAAGACCAAGUGAACAAACGUGAUCGCCCCCUUCCAUCAGGCCGUAUUUCAUUCCAGGCCGCACAAAUCCUUCGUUGGACACUUGUGCCUAUUUGCUUGCUAUAUUCACUUUUGUACAGCGUUGAGGUGUUCUAUUCGAGUGUUGUUAUGAUAGCAUCGACGCUAAUCUACAAUGAAUUGGGUGCUCAUGGGCAAUGGCUCACGCGAAAUCUCUUGAACGGGCUUGGAGUUGCAGCGUUCGAGCUGGGCACGACGUUGGUAGCAUCCAAAAGCCGACAUUACUUAGACACUACUGCCAUAGUCGCUAUUUGUCUUAGCUCUGGCCUAUUCGCUACUACUAUACAAGCCCAAGACUUCAAAGACGUGGAGGGCGACUCCAUGGUCGGUCGCCGAACACUUCCCAUUAUAUACCCUGGGAUCUCCCGGUAUGCAGUGAUUAUACCGCUGUUGAUAUGGUCCUGUAUACUUUGGCACGUCUGGAAACUCGACGUGCUUCUGGCGAGCGUAUUUGUCGCACUCGCCUCGUACGUUGGGUAUCGCUAUCUCGCGUUGACUACCGUUCAUCACGACCAAGUCUCCUACUACUGGUACAACGUUUGGCUCUCCACAGCUAACGCAUUGCCAGGUUACUAUCGAUACUUCCAUCAAUAAUGGGUUAUUCUGAACUCCUUCCUAACAUAUGGGCUCUUCUAUUCGUUCCUUUUUUGUUUCUCAGUCACUCCUUCGGAAAUCUUCGGACAGGUUAGAUAAAGUUAUUGCUGGCAAUGCGCAUUAUCUGCGUUUUCCUUGACCGAUGUUCCGAAACCAGACCGUCAGACCAGUAUGUUGUACAACAGCGACUGCCUUUCUGAGCUUGUUGUAGUAUCUGUAGUUUUGAUGGUUGAUCGAUCCCCAACGCCAUGUCAUGACCUUAUGUGUUCUCAAAUGUCACUUUCUGUUCUUACGUUC